AUGUCAUUACCUUCAUCCCCGGAACCUAGCUAUCAACCUGAAACAAAACUAUUCCCAAUAAAGCAGCAACCGCUUAAAAUGAACGAUGGACUUUUGUUACCAAAUAGAAUAUUAAGAAGAGUAGCAUCUGUACCUAAUGCAAUAGGUGAUUACCAUUUAACCCAUCAUAGCAACCAUACAAAUCAAGUCAACAGUGGUAGCAUUUAUUCACUCAAACCAUCACUUCCCAUCAUAACACUUAAAUCUUCAUCAUCCUCAUCAUCCUCAUCCUAUUCUCUAACAACUCAAAAAGCGACAGUUGGACCUAGUGAUUUCCAAAAGAUCAGGUUGUUAGGCAAAGGUGAUGUGGGUAAAGUCUAUCUUGUUAAACAUAUUAAAUCCAAUAACCUAUUUGCUCUUAAGGUUUUAUCCAAACGAGACAUGAUACAACGCAAUAAAGUGAAGCGGGUCAUGGUAGAACAAGCUAUUUUGUCUACUGCUAAUCAUCCCUUUAUUGUACCGCUUUAUCAUUCCUUUCAGAGUCGAGAAUAUGUCUAUUUUUGUAUGGAAUUUUGUGUAGGAGGUGAAUUUUUUCGAGCUUUGCAGAAUCGACCAGGUAGAGUUUUAAAAGAAGAAGAAGCCAAGUUUUAUGCCGCUGAGGUAGUGGCUGCAUUAGAAUACUUACAUUUAAUGGGCAUCGUAUUUCGUGAUUUAAAGCCUGAGAAUAUUCUUUUACAUGAAUCAGGUCAUUUAAUGUUAUCUGACUUUGAUCUCUCAGUCCAAUCACCCUCUGCUGCUCCUCCUACAAUAUCAAGACCUAGCUCUCCAUUCUCCUCGAGGCAGCAGCAACAACCAUUAUUAGAUACAAGAUCAUGUAUGAACAUACGGGCAAAUUCAUUUGUAGGAACAGAGGAAUAUUUGGCACCUGAAGUGAUAAAGGGGAAUGGGCAUACAAGUACAGUAGAUUGGUGGACAUUGGGUAUCCUAAUCUAUGAAAUGCUAAUAGGAUAUACACCGUUUAAAGGUUCAACAAGAGAUGAGACUUUUGAACAAAUUCUGCACAACUCUAUUGUGUUUCCAGAGGACCAUUUUAACCCACUGACUAGCACAUGCAAGUCCUUUAUACGUCAAUUACUUACAAAAAAUGAAACCAAGAGGUUAGGAGGACGUGCAGGAGGAGCAAGUGAAGUUAAAUCACACUCCUUUUUCAAAUCUAUAAAUUUCGCAUUACUAAGGAAUAUGAAGCCACCAAUUCGACCUAAUACAGAUAACCCAAUACGAGCUGUACACUUUAAUAGAAUCAAAGAAAGUAAAAGUUUUGAUUUACAAAGUCAAGUCAUAGUGACAGAGAAAGAUGGGGAUCCAUUUGAAGCAUUUAAUUCUGUAACAAUUCAUAGAUAG